AUGACAUCCGAAAGCUACGACGUGUUGAUCAUCGGAGCCGGCUUCAGCGGCCUCUACGCUCUGUAUAAAUUCCGCACCGCCGGACUACGCGUCCGCAUCUUCGAAGCCGGCGACGACAUCGGCGGCGUCUGGCACUGGAAUAGAUACCCCGGGGCCCGCGUUGACUCAGAAUGGCCACUGUACCAGCUCAGCGUGCCGGACGUGUGGCGCGAUUUCAACUUCUCACAGCGUUUUCCCGACCACAACGAGAUCCGUCGAUAUUUCGCGCACGUCGACCGAGUACUGGAGUUAAAAAAAGAUAUUCAGUUCCAGGCGCGCGUCCACUCCGCGACAUGGGACGAUGACACUGCUAUCUGGACGAUCCGGAGUGAAUCCGGCCACAUCGCAGUGGCUAGACAUCUCUGUCUGUUCACUGGCCUACUGCAUCGCGCGCACAAGCCUGAUUUUCCCGGUCUCGACAUCUACCAAGGCCAAAUUAUUCAUUCCAGCGCCUGGCCUGACUCUCUCGACCUGUCAGGGAAGAAAGUCGCUGUGAUCGGCACAGGCGCCACAGGCGUCCAGAUCAUCCAGGAACUCAGCAAACAAGUCAAUCAAUUAACCGUAUUCCUCCGACGACCUAGCACCUGUUUCCCCAUGGGAAAUCGACCCCUCACAACAGCAGAAAAUGACGCCUGGCGUCCCUAUUUCCACGUCAUGCACUCCGCAGCAAGGAACUCCCACGGCGGAUUUCCCUCUGUUCCACCGACAAGGGAAAUCAACGACAUCACCAUUGAAGAACUAGAAGCGUUCUUCGAGGAGAUCUGGCAGGCAGGAGGGUUUAAUUUCUUCAGUCGGAAUUUCCCCAGUGCGUUUGUCGAUCGGGAUGCUAAUCGCAUUGUGUAUGAUUUCUGGGCGAGGAAAGUCCGUGAGAGGAUUCAGGAUCCGGUUAAAAGGGAUUUAAUGGCGCCGCUGGAGCCAGUUUAUCCGAUCCUCACUCGGAGGACGCCUCUUGAACAGGACUUUUAUGAAUCGAUCGAUCGGAAGAAUGUCGAAGUCGUUGGGCUUAGGAGUACACCUAUUUCUACGUUCACGGAGAAAGGCGUGCGCACAGACGAUGGGAUGCUCAGGGAGUUUGAUUAUCUCGUUAUGGCUACGGGAUUUGAUAGUUUUACUGGGUCAAUUUCCGAGAUGAAUAUCCAAGGUCGAAACGGCGCCAAUCUGAACCAAAUCUGGAAAGAAGGAGUUCGAACAUAUCUUGGUAUGACGGUACAUGGAUUUCCCAAUUGUUUCUUGAGCUAUAGUCCACACGCACCGACCCCAUUAUCCAACGGACCCACGAUCCUCCAAUGCCAGGUUGAUUUCAUCGUCGACGCCAUCACGAAGAUGGAAAAAGACAAUCUCCGCAGUAUCGAACCAACAGUGGAAGCAGAGACCCAAUGGCGAGAGACUAUCCUCAACGCAGCAGAGAAGACCCUCUUCCUAGAGACGGACUCGUGGUGGAUCGCAGCGAAUAUCCCCGGGAAGAAGAAGGAGAUGUUGACUUAUCUAGGCGGGAUUAAUCAGUAUGAGAAGGAGUGUCGGGAGACGUUGGAUAAAUGGACGGGGUUUGUUGUCCGGGAAGAAAAGAUAAAGUCAAAUUCUAAGCCAGAAGAGGGUAAUGGUGUGAGUGGGGAAUCCAAAGACGGUGAAGGAGUCGAGGGAGGGAUGAAAAAUGUGAAACGCAGAAAUCGAUCCAGUUUAUCUGGUCUGGCUGCGUUUUUGAAAGAGAAAUUGACUGUGGGUCAUUAG